AAAUCAACCCACACAGUCUUUCACCUCACCCGACUCUGCCUCACUCUUUCACCCUUCCCUCUCCUCCCCUCUUUUCUAUUGCAAAAGGCAGCAACCGCGACGACAACCGCAACCAUGGCGGAAUACGACUUGACACCGACAAUUGCGCCGCACCUAGACCGUCACCUGGUGUUUCCUCUUCUCGAAUUUCUCCAAGAACGUGAAACGUACUCAGAAGAUCAGCUCCUCAAGAAUAAGAUCGAGCUCCUCAGCAAAACUAACAUGGUCGAUUACGCCAUGGACAUCCACAAGAGCCUCUACCACACCGAUGAUGUUCCUCAAGAUAUGGUGGAUAGGAGAGUUGAGGUUGUUGCUAGAUUGAAGUCAUUGGAGGAAGGUGCGGCACCUUUGGUUUCAUUUCUUCAGAACGAGGACAAAGUUCAGGAAUUGCGUGCUGAUAAACAGUAUAAUCUUCAGAUGCUCAAUGAGCGUUAUCAGAUUGGUCCAGAACAGAUCGAGGCGCUCUAUCAGUAUGCUAAGUUCCAAUUUGAAUGUGGGAACUAUUCCGGUGCAGCUGAUUUUCUCUAUCAGUACAGAGCUCUCGCCACCAACAGUGAAAGAAGUCUCAGUGCAUUGUGGGGAAAGCUUGCAGCUGAAAUUUUAAUGCAAAACUGGGACAUUGCCCUUGAGGAACUUAACCGUUUGAAGGAGAUAAUUGAUUCUAAGGCUUUCCCAUCACCUUUGAAUCAGGUGCAGAGUAGAAUAUGGCUGAUGCACUGGAGCUUAUUUAUCUUUUUUAACCAUGACAAUGGCAGGACACAGAUAAUUGAUCUGUUCAAUCAGGACAAGUAUCUUAAUGCUAUUCAAACAAAUGCUCCUCAUCUUUUGCGUUAUCUUGCAACUGCAUUCAUUGUCAACAAGAGGAGAAGGCCACAAUUUAAAGAUUUUAUUAAGGUCAUCCAGCAGGAGCAAAAUUCUUACAAAGAUCCCAUCACUGAGUUUUUGGCCUGUGUUUAUGUCAACUAUGACUUUGAUGGGGCACAACAAAAAUUGAGGGAAUGUGAACAAGUCAUACUAAAUGAUCCAUUCCUUGGAAAACGAGUUGAGGAAGGGAAUUAUACAACUGUUCCACUAAGGGAUGAGUUUCUUGAAAAUGCCCGGCUUUUCAUUUGUGAAACCUAUUGCAGGAUUCAUCAGCGCAUUGACAUGGGGGUCCUCGCCGAGAAAUUGAAUUUGAGUUAUGAGGAAGCGGAGAGGUGGAUUGUUACACUCAUCCGCACUUCUAAGCUUGAUGCCAAGAUUGACUCUAAAUUGGGCACCGUAGUGAUAGAGCCCAAUUACCCUAAUGUGUAUGAGCAGCUCAUUGAUCACACCAAAGCAUUGUCGGGCCGUACAUACAAAUUAGUGGGCCAACUUCUCGAACAAGGACAGGCACAACCAGCAAGAUAGUUUUCGACGUGGGUGCUGCUGUUGUGGUGUUUGCUCUUUUUGGUUUUAUUGUAAUCUUUGAUUUUUAGGUCAAGAGUUUGUUUGAAUCUCAUAAAUUUGUUGCAUUGAUUUUCCUUGAACUUAGAGAAAAAGAAAUUUUGCGGGAAAAGUUACUGAUCUCUUUUGGUAAUGUAAAAUGGUGAGUAUUUCACAAUUUCUGGUAACAAUUAUUUCGCAGUUGUAGAAGUUUUACGAUUUGAUGAA